AGGGAGGCGGCGCUCUGGGGCCGCAGGCGGACGUACUCUGUGAGCGGCGCCCGGGCGCCUGGGCAGGCGCCUCCCGAGUACCGGCGCCCAUUUUGCCCGCCCGCUAAGGAGACCCGUGCGCGGCCUACACGCUUGGGGGACAGCCCUUUAAGACGACAUCUCCGCGAACGCCGGCCUCUUGAGCCAGGGGGACGCUCUUUUGAAAGUCAGUCCCAAAACAGUUAAGGUUUUAUUUUAUUUUGUUUUAUUUCCAAGUCACAGCCCCCGAAUCUCGUACAACUCUCCCUGGACCACUUCCGGUUGCCGGCCCGCGCCUCAUAACUUCGGUUCGAGUGACCUCGGUCCGGGAUGCCCCUCGGCUCACCCCGGGCUCACGUCGCGAUCCUGGCUUGAGUGGCCCAGGGUGGGAGACCUGGAAGUUUUAGCCUAGCUGUUCUCAAGGCGGAUUAAUUAGCCCAAGAAACAUUAUAUUCAUGCUUAGGUGGAGAAAAGCAGGGCUAGAAUUGGAACCCAAAGCCCAGAAUGGCAGGAGAGGAUGUGGGGGCUCCACCCGAUCACCUCUGGGUUCACCAAGAGGGUAUCUACCGCGACGAAUACCAGCGCACGUGGGUGGCCGUCGUGGAAGAGGAGACGAGUUUCCUAAGGGCACGAGUCCAGCAAAUUCAGGUUCCCUUAGGUGACGCAGCUAGGCCAAGUCACCUUCUUACCUCCCAGCUACCUCUCAUGUGGCAACUCUACCCGGAGGAGCGCUACAUGGAUAACAACUCUCGCUUGUGGCAGAUACAGCAUCAUUUAAUGGUCAGGGGAGUACAGGAGCUGUUGCUUAAGCUUUUGCCUGAUGACUAACCUGGUGCUGGGAUUCUACGAAGAUAUGCUCCUUUGUUCUGUUCAGUAUUUGGCAAUCACUUCAUCCACUACUGCAGUGCACCCACCCUUGGGCUUGGGGGGAGGGAGUGGGUUGAAAAACUGCUCAAGAAACAGAAGUUUAGCAAGGGUCAUGAAGAAUACUGCAAGUGAAACUGCAGAGAGAGGUUACGUAGGCAGAAAGCAAGUCAACAAAAGCACUUAGUCAGGAUCCGUAACUUGAAAUUGACUCCUUUGGAAAUUGCCAUAGAACCCUUAAUGGACAUCAUCGGCUGGACCUGGGAUCUGAUGAAUCCCACAAAAGUCAGCACCUUCUACAGAACAGAUGCCCUGAUCACCAAGGACUUGGUACUGAUUUAGAGAGAAGAGAGCAGCUCCUAGCAGCAUCAACAUCUAUUUGUCGCUUAUUUGCCCUGCAGCAAUUCACCUGCCUUUCCUUCUCCCAUCCUGUAAAUAUCCUAGGUUUUGCUCCAGUGUUUCCCAUCCCAGUACUGACCUAAUUUGGAUCUACUGAGUAUUUAGAGGGCUCUGAAAAGAGAUAUGCAUUGAUGAAAUUAGCUACAAAGGCUUGUGGGCCUUUUUUCUAUCUGAAAUCAUGUCUUCAAAUUACUGGAAGUUGCUGAUCAAAAUUGUGGGCUCUUGAAUUCAUUCUCUGAUUACAGAUAUUUUAAAUAAGCUGGUUUCUAUAAGAACUUCAAGAAAAACCAUUUUAGCUGCUUAACUGGCACCUUUCUCAGGAAGUAAUAACACCAAAUAUUGCUGAUUCCUAGGAAAACAUUUACUACUUGUAAAGAAUUUCCUGAGUUAAAGUAGUUAUAACAGUUUAUAUACAUUAAAAGUAAGGUUUUAGUUUAAAAAAAAAAAGUCUUGGGAAUAAUAGCUACCAUGUAUUGAGUCCUUUCCAGGCACUAUUGUAUGUACUUUAUAUACUUUAUCACAUUUAAUCCUCCUGUCAAUGCUUUGAGGUAGGUAUGAUUCCCAUUUUAUAUAUGAGUAAUAAAAAAAGCUCAAGGAGUUUAAUCAUUUAUCAAGGGUUUCUUCUGCGAAUGAUAGAGCCAGGCUGCGCCGUCGGCUCCUCUAGCCUAACGUUGGUUUACAAUAUUCAAAAAGAGUUGAUUGAAUUCAAGGUUUUUUUUCCAUGUAAAGCUAUUUAUAUCUUCCAAGCCUAAUGAAAUGGAUAUUAUAAAAAUACAGUUGAUUCAUCCUA